GGAGGAUCAGAGGGAUCUUGGGGUCCCAGUCCAUAGGGCACUCAAAGCUGCUGUGCAGGUUGAGUGAGGCUUAUUACCAGGUUAAGAAGGCAGGCGGUGCAUUGGCCGUCAUCAAUUGUGGGAUUGAGUUUAGGAGCUGAGAGGUAAUGUUGCAGCUGUAUAGGACCUUAGUCAGACCCCACUUGGAGUACUGUGCUAAAUUCUGGUCACCUCACUGCAGGAAGGAUGUGGAAACGAUAGAAAGGGUGCAGAAGAGAUUUACAAGGAUGUUGCCUGGAUUGGGGAGCAUGCCUUAUGAGAAUAAAUUGAGUGAACUUGGCCUUUUCUCCUUGGAGUGACGGAGGCUGAGAGGUGACCUGAUAAAGUGUAUAAGAUGAUGAGAGGCACUGAAAGUGUGGAUAGUCAAAGGCUUUUUCCCAGGUCUAUAGUGGCUAACACAAGAGGGCAUGGUUUUAGGGUGCUUGGAAGUAGGUACACAGAUGUCGGGUAAGUUUUUUUACACAGAGAGUGGUGAGUGCGUGGAAUGGGCUGCCAGUGAUGGUGGUGGAGGUGGGUAUGAUAGGGUCUUUUAAGAGACUCCUGGAUAGGUACAUGUUGCUUAGAAAAAUAGAGGCUAUGGGUAAGCCCAGGUAAUUUCUAAAGUCAGGAUACAUUCAGCACAGCUUUGUGGGCUGAAGGGCCUGUAUUGUACUGUAGGUUUUCUAUGCUUCUGUGUUUCUAUGGAUGGAAUGAUCUGUUGGAUGGCACACAAACAAAAGCUUUUCACUCUAUCUCAGAUGAUUCAAGAUUCAAAGUACAUUUAUGAAGUACAGAGUACACAAUCCUGAGAGUCGUCUUCCGCACUGACAUGAAAGAAAACAUUAAACCCUUCCCCCCAAUGCACAAGACAAAGAAAUCACACAAACGGUAAAAAAAACGAGUCACAGAACACAGAAUAUAAAACACAAAAUUGAGAGUCCAGCCAUGUUCACUUCAGUGUCAUUUGUUAAUGGCUGGCCACCCCCACCCCGAUCAAAAUAGCCCAAAGGAGAAACCGGUAAUCAGAAGCACAUGGUUACGUGAUCUGCAGAUUCCAAUCCAUAUAUGGAUUAAUAAUAAACUAUUUACCAAUUAAUUACAAACGAGAAAAUCUGCAGACACUGGAAAGCAAAGUAACACACACAAAGACACGGGGCAGGCAGCAUCAAUGGAAAAGAGUAAACAGUCGAUAUUCUGAGCCGAGAGCCUUCAUUAGGAGUGGAAAAUAAGAUGAAAAGUUAGAGUAAGAAAGUGGGGAAGGGGUAAGGAAGGAGUACAAGACGAUAAGUGAAACUGGGAGGGGGGCAUGAAGUAAAGAAUUAGGAAGUUGAUUGGUGAAAGGGAUACAGGGUUGGAGAAUUGGGAAUCUGAUAGGACAGGACAGAAGGCCAUGGAAGAAAGGGAAGGGGGAGGAGCACCAGAGGGAGGUAAGGAGAUAAGGUGAGAGAAGGAAAUGGGAAUGGGGAGUAGCGAAGGAGGAGGAGGGGGAAUUACCAAAGUUCGAGAAAUUAAUGUUCAUACCAUAAGGUUGGAGGUUACCCAGACAGGAUAUAAGGUGUUGUUCCUCCAACCUGAGUGUGGCUUCAAUGUGGCAGUAGAGCAGGCCAUGGGCUGACGUAUGGGAAUGGGAGGUAGAAUUGAACUGUGUGGCCACCGGGAGAUCUUGCUAUUACUGGCGGGCGGAGCGUAGGUGCUUGGCGAAGUGGUCUCCCAAUCUAUGUCGGAGGCCACACCGGGAGCACCGGAUGCAGUAGAUGACCCCAACAGACCCGCGGGUGGAGUGUCGCCUCACCUGGAAGGACUGUUCGGGGCCCUGAACGGUAGUGAGGGAGGAGACGUAGGGGGCUGGUGUGAAACUUGUUCCCCUUGCAAGGGUAUUUGGGGCUGACUUGCUUCCACUUUGGUGCUGUGGCUUCUGGAAUGGCUAAUGUAUGACUCUUCAAGCUGUUCCUGAGGGCCAGGCAUUUACAGGAAAAAGAAGAAAUGCAAUAGAAUUUAUGAAAACUAAAUAAAAACAAAGACUGACAACCAACAUGCAAAAGGAAGCCGAAGAUAUUGCAGUGGUGCACCCUCCACGUCUUGUGGAUGGUGGUGAUCAUCUUGAUGGCUGUCGGACUGGCAAUCCAGACCCUGGGCAUGACCGACAAGAAGAGGACAAGAUCCCAAAACGUGGAGGUGCCGCGGGUUGUGCCAGUGACCAGCCGGGAAGUGCGGGCGCUCGAGGACUCCUGCCACCUCAAGACUCACGUUAUGUUCCUGAAAACGCACAAGACAGCUGGCAGUACCAUCCUCAACAUCUUGUACCGCUUUGGCGAGGCGAGGAACUUAACUUUUGCGCUACCUGCCUCCUACCAGUUUGGAUAUCCCCUCCUCUUCAGUACGAGAAAGAUUAAAUUUUACAAUCCCCUGAAGGCCCAGGAGUACCAUAUCAUUUGCAAUCACAUGAGAUUCUACAGGCCACAGGUUGAGAAAGUGAUGGCAAAGGGGACUUUUUAUUUCUCGAUCCUGCGGAAUCCGGUCACCUUGGUGGAGUCAUCCUUCACCUAUUACAAAGGGUCGAGCAUGGCCUUCAGGAAGGUUGAGUCGUUGGAGCAGUUCCUGAGUGAGCCCUGGAGGUACUACUCUCCCAAGGAGCGAGGCAGCCAUUAUGCUAGGAACCUCAUGUGGUUUGACUUUGGCUUUGAUCACAAUGCAAAUGCCUCACAACACUACGUGGAGCUGGUCCUCAGCGAGAUCGCAAGCACUUUUCACCUCAUCCUCAUCUCAGAGUACUUUGACGAAUCGAUGAUCUUAUUGAAAGACGCGCUCUGCUGGGAAUUUGAUGACAUUGUUUCCUUCAAACUGAACUUAAGGAGUAACAUCACGGUGAAGAAGCUGUCUGACCAGGCCGCCGAUCAGAUCAAGGCUUGGAACUCAUUGGACUGGAGCCUCUACUCACACUUCAACAAGACAUUCUGGCAGAAGGUGGAUCAGUAUGGCCGUCAGCGAAUGAGGAAGGAUGUCCUGAUCCUGCAGGAUAAGCGGAAGAAGCUGAUGGACUUGUGCCUUGAAGGCAGCAGCCCAGUGGAUGCCAGUCUGAUCCAGGAUCAGAAUAUCAAACCCUUCCAGUACGGCCGAGCUCGGAUCAUGGGUUACAUCCUCAAUUCAAACCUCAGUAACAGCACGCGGGAGAAAUGCAUUCGCAUGGUGAUGCCUGAACUCCAGUACAAAGACCUGCUGGAUGCCAAGUUCUUCCCCUCUGUCCCCAGCAGGAAACUCCUUCAGGCAACUUUGCCGCAGUUCUGAAACAACAUGGCUGAGUCAAGACUCCCGUCAUUCCAAGAACUACACCUCCUAAUUAUUUAUAUCACAUCAAAAGCUGGCUGUCUCGGACGAGAAGGCCUUCAGCCAAGUACCCGUGAUCCUGUGGUCAAAUCUGUCGGGUAUUCUCGUGUCCAAUAUCAUAGCAACCGGGAUGUAGAUGUUGGCGAAGAGGGUAUUUUUUUCUUAGGACUUUGGGAAGGAAAGAGGAUACGCUUCAGUCAGCAGGCUGGGCUUGGGAAAUGCAAACUGUGCAAGGAGAGGACCUUACUUUUGUUACCCUGGCCCAGCCCAAUGUGUCCAGGCAAGUUGGCAUGUCAGCCCUUGGGGGCACUGGGAAAUUGGACUGCCAUGCAUCAGGGAGAAGGGUCAGAGUCCUGUAGCAAAUGGAGGGGGUGGGGUAUGGGCAGUGAAUGCCAACUGAUGCCACAAGUACUCUGCCCUCAAGUACAUUACAGCUGUGAUCCACCAGGCGAUGUCAGUCGCCUCUGUGAAACAAUGAGAAUGGGGAGUGCAAACUGGAAAAUAGAUUCUUUUUAACCCAGUUGCAAGAAAUGUAACUGAAACUAAAGCAACCCAAGUUCGUUAGCCUUCUCCAACAUUAAUGCCUUCAUUUAACAUGCUCUGUAAACUUCCUCAGUGGCUGAGCUGCACCUGUAUCCCCCCCUGUGGUGCCCUGCCUGAUUAUCGCUCUGGUCAGCACCCAGGGGUUUCCUUUCAAUGUUAGCAGCACUGUGUACGUGGAAAGGUGAAGUUCCAUGUUAGCCAUAGACAUGAUUCCACAAAUUUGGAAUUGUGGAUGGUGAGAAGGCUUGGCAAGCUUUGAAUUCCCAACAGUGUUUUAUUUCCAGGGGUAAGUAUUUGGAGAAUGGUUGAAAUUAGUGGAACUGCCAAGGUGUAGCCUGCGCUUAUAAAGAGUGUGCUUAAAUGCUACAAUAAAAGCUGUUGUGAGUUUGA